CACCACACGAUCGUCUUCCCCCUUUCACCAUCUCACUCGACAUGGCUUCACGCUGUCACAAUUAUAUCAUCAUUCCUCACUUUCACCAUUAUUUUCUCACGCUUCAUUUGCUUUCUAAAGGAUAAACCCGUGUUGAAUUUGAUUUCCGGUGGAGUUAGGGUUUUGUAAUCAGAAUGGUCGGAAAAAACUAGUUCUAAAGAAGAAGAAAUACAUUGGUUGGAUUGUUAUGACGGUGCAGUACGAAUGUUGCGGGACCGGGUUCUUUUUACAUAUUGGGAUCGUAGCGUUCUUGGUUUUGUUCGCUGGUUUGAUGUCUGGGCUUACUUUAGGGCUUAUGUCUAUGAGUCUCGUUGAUCUUGAAGUUCUUGCUAAAUCUGGGACUCCAAAAGACCGUAAAUACGCAGAGAAAAUACUACCCGUGGUCAAAAGGCAGCAUCUUUUGCUUUGCACACUUCUUCUUUGCAAUGCUGCCGCAAUGGAGGCUCUCCCAAUUUUUCUGGAUGGUCUGGUCACAGCUUUGGGUGCUAUUCUUAUUUCAGUGACAUUGAUACUUCUGUUUGGUGAGAUCAUACCGCAAUCUGUUUGUACUAGGCAUGGACUGGCUAUUGGUGCGACCGUGUCUCCAUUUGUGCGUGUUCUUGUUUGCAUUUGUUUUCCCAUUGCAUAUCCUAUAAGCAAGCUACUUGACUAUCUGCUGGGCCAUGAACAUGUUGCUCUAUUCCGCAGAGCUGAGUUGAAAACACUUGUUAAUUUUCACGGUAAUGAGGCUGGAAAAGGUGGAGAACUAACACAUGAUGAGACAACAAUAAUUGCAGGAGCACUUGAACUCACAGAAAAAACAGCCAGUGAUGCCAUGACUCCUAUAUCAGACACCUUCACGGUUGACAUUAAUGCCAAACUUGACAGGGACUUGAUGAAUAUAAUUAUGGAGAAAGGACAUAGCAGGGUACCUGUCUACUACGAGCAACCUACAAAUAUAAUUGGACUUAUUCUGGUGAAAAAUAUGUUGACCAUCAACGCAGAUGAGGAAGUCCCGGUUAAGAAUGUCACGAUUCGCAGGAUUCCCAAGGUUGCGGAAUCUCUUCCAUUAUACGACAUCUUGAAUGAAUUUCAGAAAGGUCACAGUCACAUGGCGGUUGUUGUGAGACAAUGUGUUAAAACAACGGAUCAGCCUGCCACGAAAACCCUGUUAUCUGAGAAAGGCGUGAAGGAAGUCUGCAUAGAUAUUGAUGGUGAUUGCAGGACUCCUCUAGAAAAGAUUUUAAAAACGAAAAGAUCAUUCAAGCAGUGGAAGAGUUUUCCCAGCAGGGGAAGCAAUUCUUUCAGUAGUAAAAAGUGGAAGAAAGAAAUGUAUUCGGAUAUCUUAGAGAUCGAUGGAAAGCCGCUUCCAAAACUUCCUGAUGAAGAAGCAGUUGGCGUAAUAACAAUGGAAGAUGUAAUCGAAGAAUUGUUGCAGGAGGAAAUCUUCGAUGAAACAGAUCAUCAAUUUGACGAUUUAUGACAAAGGGUAGUUUGAACUGAAUCUGGUGCCAUUUGGCGAAAAUCUUGUUAGUGUUUGUCGACUCGGCUUGAAGUUCAAGAGCGUCUGAAGUGAAGCGAAUAUAAUCUUCCACUUCAGAUGUAAUGUAGUUUCCUGGUAGAACUUUCUGUAUGUUAAAGAUUCAUGGACAUUAGUCGUGUAUAUGUUCACGGAAGUCAUUGUUAUGAACAUAUGAACAUGUUUUGCUCGGAAAAGUUUGUGUUCAAAUGGCUUGAACGAGCCGAGUUGAACAUUGGUAUAUGAAGCUCAAUUCGUUAAGUCAAACGAGCUAUAUUUUGU